AUGUAUCAUUCGUUGUACAACACGUUGGAGCUGCCGCGCAAUGUCUCAGUCCCGGAGUUUGUGCUUCGGCAGCUCGAUGAUGAGAAGGACCUCGGUCCUCUUCUUUUUCCAUCGCCGUUUACCACGCGCGCGGACGCUGUGCCGCUCAAGCUCGAUGAUGUGCGCCAAGGUGCAUAUGGCAUUGCCACGAGCCUCCUCUCGCCGGAGCUGCCGGGUGGCGCGUGGAAGAAAGGCGAUGUGGUCCUCUUCCUCACCGAGAACCAGCACGACUACCUCCUUGCCGCGCUCGGCACGAUGCUGGCCGGCGGCAUCCCUGCGCUCCUGAAUCCCCAGUACAAAGGCCGCGAGCUCGUGGAAAUGAUGCACAAGGUGAGCCCCCGUGCGAUCUUUGUCUCGGAGGCGACGCUCGCCAAUGCAGAGCAGGCGGCCGAGGACUAUGCUGAGACCGGUGCCAAGCCCCCGAUUUACGUCAUGGCCGAAGGGCACGAACGCAGCCUGCAGAAGCUGCUGCAGGCGCCUGGCAUGCAGCGCCGUGCCGCGGGCGACAAGGCAAUCGAAAGCGUCCAAAUCGAGCCCGAGACGGACACGGCGGUGUUUUGCUUCUCGUCCGGCACGUCGGGCCCGCCCAAGGUGGUGCGUCUCUCGCACUUUAACCUCGUCGCGAAUGUGAUCCAGACCACCGUCGCGCUCGGCGGCCGGAUGAACAAGCCGCGCUUUGACGACGCCAACUGGUACGACCAGCCCCUCGGCCCUGCGCAGGACGGCACGCACGAAGUGCACCUGUCGAUUCUCCCCCAGUUCCACUGCUACGGCCUGCUCACGGCACUUGCCGCACUGCACACCGCGACACCGUGUGUAAUCUUUUCGCGGUUUAGCACGGAGCACUUUUUCGAGGCGGUGCAAAAGUACAAGGUCACCUUUAUGUUUGUCGUGCCGCCGAUGCUCCUGGCGCUCGCGACGUCGCCGCUUGUCAAAAAGUACGACGUGUCGACGAUCAAGUCGUUUGCGUCCGGUGCGGCGAAGCUGUCGAAAGAGCUGUGCCAGCUCGUGCUGGAGAAGCAGGGCAUUCCUGUGACCGAUGGCUACGGCAUGACGGAGAUGUCGCCGCUCAUCUCGCUGCAGACAACCGCCGACAUCAAGCGCAAGCACCUCGACGUCGGCCGCCUCGUGCCGAAUACCGAGGCGCGUGUCGUAGACGUCGCGUCCGGCAAGGACGUCGGGCCGGGCGAGACGGGCGAGCUGUGGCUGCGUGGCCCCCAGAUGAUGCUCGGCUACCUCGACAAUGACGAGGCGGAUGCCAAGUCAUUUGUGCCGAACGCGCAGGACCCCGAGCGCUUCUUCCGCUCGGGCGACAUUGUGUCGAUCGACGAGCAGGGUUACGUCAAGAUCCAUGACCGCCUGAAGGAUAUCAUCAAGUACAACGGCUACCAGGUCGCUGCGUCCGAGCUCGAAGCCCUGGUAUCCGCGUGCAAGUCGGUGCUCGACGUGGCCGUUACCGGCAAGGUUGACCGUGCGGACGCGACACGCAACGAGCUCCCGUGGGCGUUUGUCGUGCCGAGCGACGAGGGGCGCCAAGUCCCGGAGGAGGAGCGCACGCAGGGCGUGCUCGACUAUGUCAACGCGCGUGUUCCGCCAUACAAAAAGAUCCGUGGCGUGACCUGGAUGGAUGCGCUGCCCAAGUCGUCUGCCGGUAAGAUUCUCAAGCGCGAGCUGCGCGAGCUGUAG